AUUCCACAAAUAAUACCAUUAUAUUGAUUAACAUUAAUAUUUUUCUUUUUAAGAAUUUUCUUUUGUUUUAAUAAUUUAAAUUAUUUUAAUUUUUUUUAUAAAAUUAAAAUAACUGAAACUAAAAUUAAUAAAAUAAAUUUUAAUUGAAAAUGAUAA